AGAUCUCUCUGUGUGUCUGCGGACUGCCCUGCUGCUCCACGGGCUCUGUUGUAGCUGGACUGCCAUGUCUGUGGAGGAUGUUAUUCUAGUGAUAUGUAUAAGAGGAUAAAAAAAGGGAAAGAUGCGCCUGGAAGGGAAACGUCACAUUUUCAGAGGGAGCGACAGCGUGGAGAGGCUGUGACCGAGCCGGGGAGCGGAAUAUGCGGCACUGUCCCUCUGCACGCCUGACCAAAGCGUCGGAUCUUUACCGGAUAAAUUUCCUAUAGCUGGAUGGUGUGAUUUGUUUCAGCCGCACAACACGUUUUAGCGGAAUUUGGAUGAUCCUCCAGUCACGCCAGCCCGGACACCCAGACUGGUUUCAUGGGAUCAGGACCAAUAGACUGACGGUGCCCUGAAUAAAGGCUACAUAGGAAGGCACCACUCAAAGUUUCAUUCAGAUGUCAGGAUUUUAAGGUUAUAGUGCCAGGGUGUGAUUUAAAAUUAUUACUUGAGGAUGGCAUAUUUUCUCUUUAUAUGUUGAAAUGACUGGAGGGAGGGUUAUUUUAAACAGGCAGUGCCUCACUAAUUAAAUACAAGGCUUUAACUAAUCUAUUAUCAAAGUCUGGGUUGGGAACUGACUCCUCCAGUGAAAACAAUCAUUUUGUCUCAAGCACAAAAAGAUAAAGUUAUUAGCCUAUUCCAUCACUGAGGAUGCCACCCUGGGUGUCCUUUGAAGGAAGGGGAGACUGGAGAAUGAAAGCGGGAUUUCUGCGUCUUUAAUCGGACACAGGAGCGAAGGAAGGACACUGCCGGACAAGCCACCUUCUUUAUUUUCUUUUAUUGGAUCGGUCCAAAAAAUAUUUUUACGUGCCCCUUGGACUCCUGCACAAUGGGGAUUAUGCUUCAAGUUAUUCUAGGAAUGUUUCAAUUCCUGCUGCUCACCAGUAUACCGACGUCCCAUGCCAAGCUUGCUCACUGGCGGCCAGCAGACUCCCCAAAAUCCAGGGACGGCCGAGAAGUGCGGCGGUGGUUGGAGGUUUAUUCGCGGAGCGGCUGUGAGCCUCGGGACACUCUGGUGGAGGUUUGGAGGGAGUUGCCAGGUGAGACGCACCAUCUCUUUAUCCCAUCCUGCGUGUCGGUGAGACGAUGUGGUGGCUGCUGUGCUGACGAGGCCCUGGAGUGUGUUCCCUCGCUCACACACACUGUCACCAUGGAGCUGAUGAGAACUUCUUUCAUGAAGCAUGAACUCAUUGAACUGCCGUUUGUCGAGCACAGCCAGUGUGAGUGCAGAUUAAAAGAACAAUUCCAGCCAACACCUACUACAAGGCCCUAUGUGAAGCCAACAAGAAAAGACAAGAAAAAGGAGAGGGGGAAGUCCAGACAGAAGACAACUGGAGCCUCCAGAGCUGCGACCCAUGCCCCCCCAUCUCUUCCUCCCCCAUCACCUCCACCCACCAGCUUAUCUCCCUCUCCCUCUCCCUCUCUGGGGCCUCGUUGCCGCCCCUGCAGAGGGAGGAAGUGGGCACUGGAUGCUCCGUUUUGUCAGUGUCGCUGCACCAUCAAAGCUGAGAGCUGCAUCCGGAAAGGCCGGAGGCUUGACCCUCGCCGCUGCAGGUGUGAUGUCAUGAGGACCUGAGGCGUCCACCCUCUUACUUUUCUCUUCCUUCUUUCCACCAACCCCUGCUGAUUCAUCACCCACUCUCAGCAUCAGUGCCAUGGCGCAUAGAGACGGUCGGACUUCCAGUACCUCAGACUGAAGGAAAUUAGCACACACAAGAACCUGUAGUAGUGCUCUAGUUUAGCAACAAGUGCAGCAUUACAGCCUGAAUAUAUAUCUACAUGUUUGUGUGAGUGCGUGCAGCCAAACAUCUUGCCACAUCUUCGCUUUCGUGGUAAAGUUCACAUGUAUGUGCGUGUACAGACAUGUAGAGUCACAAAACACAUCCACAUGAGUGGAGGGAUAAAAUGGCAGUAAAAUGACAACUUUGAGAGACGUGUAAAUGGAUUUCAGACAAAAUCUUUUUUGGUGGACACAAUGAAAGUGCUCCUGCUCUGCUGUGGUUUGGAGGUUGGACAGUUGAAUUUAUAAAUACAAGAGAACAGUGGAAGCACGAAUGAUCAUAUUACACAAGAACAAUGAAUAGGAAGUUGAAUGGUCUUACGUAAGUGUCCUACGUCAUGACGCUACAGUGGAAGAUGUGAUUUGUUGUUCACAGGCAAUCUGCACAUGGAGACGGAUUCAAGGAUGAAGUCAAGACCAAUUUUUGUGCGGAGGACUUGAAAAACAGCAGCACUAGAUUAUAGAUGGACACAUCCCCACUUAGACGUACCAGAAAGGCAUGCACAUGGACAUGCAUAUGAACUGGCACCCCAGUGUGUGUGGACCUAUAGUUGAGCUGAAUGCUGAGAUGGAGUGUAUCUGUGUGGUCUCACCACUGAAAGACCCAGAUGGGAUAUCCCUGCAGCCGUUCUCUCUCAUUCAAAGCGAAUGACCACAGGCUGGCUCUCCAAGCUGCUUUCCGGCAUUUGUUUAAUUUGGGCCUUUUGUCUCCAUCUUUCCUCUGCUCCUGGAUUGAAAGCAGCCGCAAUGCCUCGCUUUGCACCUCUUUUAGGCAGUGAGGAGAAUGACAAUAAUGAGGUCUGGCGGCUGUCCACUGCUUCACACACAAACAUUCACACUUAUAAUACCAGGAACACAGAAGACACUGCAAAUGCAGACACACACAAUCUUACUUACUCUGUGCGAUAGCAGGCACACAUACAUGCAUAUUUAUACACACACACACACACACACACACACACACACACACACACACACACACACACAAUGUGAAACAACUGCAGGUAGCCAUAAGCUUUUGUUUGUGCCACACCAAGUGUGCAAAUAUAUGUCAGUUGUUAAGAUUUGCAAUUUACUGCAAAGUCUUCAUUUAAAAUUGUAUUGUAUGGCUCUGUUAUAUAUUUUUUUUAUAAUUCUGUCAAGUUGAUUGAAAAGAUAUUCUAUAUUGCA